AUGCUCUUGAUCGAGUGCAUCCCGUUAAAAGACCCUGAAUUAGGCUGGAGGACAAGUUGGACGAUGUUCGUCCGUGUGUUUAUCACAGCGAUUUUCGUUGGAGGUGGCAUCGUUUUUCUCACAAGAGCGAUCAUCGAAGAAGGUAAAAUAUCACUAUCUCGCGCCAUUGGUAUCACCAUUAUUGCGGCAACUCUGUACACUGGACUCGGCUGUUUACUGGCCUCAAUGUGGAGGUUCCCCAUCCCAUUUGGAAUCGUCUUGUUAGUUUGCCCUUUUGUGUCGAUUAUCGUUAAUCUCAUCGUACUUAGUAUCGAUCGGAACGAACUCAAAACGAACCAGAAGCUGCGGAAACAACUAAUUGGACACAUUAUCGGAUCAUCUGCCCAAUCGCUACUAGUAGUGGCAUACCCGACGUUCAACGCUGUAUUUCUUCAGCUGUCAGGGCUGGAGCAGGCGGUGUUUAUGCUCGUUCUACCAGUGAUCAAAUUCAUCACGAAACAAAUUAUCGCCAAAGUUGCAACAUAUCUACAAGACUAUAUCGGUACUGUCAUCAUCUUCUCGGUGGAUGUUUUCAAUGUUUUGUACGUGGCUAUUUGUAUGCAGACAGCUAGAUCGUUGCUUACGACAGUGUUAGUGAUGUCGACCGAUGUCUUUCACAUUAUCCUCGCUCUCCGAAGUAUUUACAACCACACUAACUGGAUUCGACAGCAAAAUGAAGACAAAGAGAAUUACAUCGAUAGACUACUAUCAUAUCUGGAUAAGUUUAAGCCAACGACGACGCCAUACACUGGCCCAAUUCGACUGCUGAUGCCAUACAAACUACCGCUCUCUGAUACCAGCAAAGACUUCUUACUUGCUCUGGACCAGAAAUGGAGCUCUACAACUCCAACGGCGAAUACUCAGCAAGAAAUGGCAUGUAUAACUAGUCCGACACUAGCAUUUGGGCCAUCAACGCAGCUCGUUCCAAGUCAACUGGCAAGCCAAAAUCUUAGCGUGCCGGUACUUUCUAAUUCGCAACGUUCGACUCAUAGAUCGAUUGGAGUAACAGUGUCUCGUGGGAGACUUGAGAGGUCCAUUCAAGAGGGACUAAAAGUACUAUUCCAUUGUGAAUACGUUAUCCUGUCCGAGUACAUCGAGUGCAUGCUUCCUAUAGUAUACGCUGGAUAUCUUGCUGGCCUUUACCACCUCCCCACCGCUGCGUACUAUCCCUUUACAAAGUCUCUCACUCCUGCGAAGCUGACGUCAACUCUUAUCCAACUGGUCAUGUAUGGAUCGCUCGAAUUUGUGUCAUUCGUAGGGUUGCACGUGAUGCUCAGAAAGAGGCUGGGAUUCUCUCCAGUAUAUCAACUCGCGUUUGUACUGGAAACCCACGCUGUUAUACUUCAAAGUCUACUCUUUAUCUGGAUCCUCUUCAUUGUUCAGUUGACGCUGGUGCAUGCAGGAGUUGAUUUCAACGCACCGUUUCAGUAA